AUGGCUCCUCAUGUAGGGUUUGACAGUGGCCAGAUCAGGGACAAGGCCCGAAAGGACCUCCUGUAUCUCCUCGAGGGCGUGCGCGGAAAGAAGAACAUAGUCCUUGAGAAGUGCCUUGCAGGCCCGGUAGGGACCUUUGUCAAGGUUUCGACUCUGCAAGACUACGGGGUCGACAAGUUCUUUUUCCUCGAGAACAAGAACGCCGACACCAGCCAGCGUAAUGUAGUCUUCAUCGCCCGCGGCGAAUGCGGCCGCCAUGCUCAGACAAUUGCCGACCAGAUUCGUCGACUCCAACGUGAGAGCCAAACUGGCCAUGAGUUCCACAUCUUCUGGGUGCCGAGACGGACGCUGGUGUCGGACAAGCUCUUAGAGGAGGCCGGCGUCCUCGGCGAUGUCAAUAUUGCAGAGCUUCCACUAUACUUUUUCCCCUUGGAGAACGAUGUUCUCUCGCUCGAACUCGAGGAUUCGUUCCAAGACCUAUACCUGUCCAAGGAUCCGACACCUACCUUUCUCCUUGCCAAAGCCCUGAUGGAGGUCCAACAGAAGCACGGCCUGUUCCCACGCAUGAUCGGCAAAGGCGACAACGCGAAGCGUGUAGCUGAACUGCUUUCACGCAUGAGGCAGGAACUCCUCGCUGGCGAGGAUGCGCACGAAACCAACAGGGUCGGUCUGAGCCCAAGUACCACCAUGGAGAGCGUCAUCAUAAUCGACCGCGAGGUCGACCUCGUCACCCCGCUACUAACUCAAUUAACAUACGAAGGCUUGAUAGAUGAAGUAUUCGGUAUUCAGAACAACCAGACUGAGGUGGACUCAACUAUCGUCAGCGCCUCAUCUCAAUCCGCUUCGCAGAGCACAUCAAGCGCAGUCGACACCGAUACGCAGUCAAGGAAGCGAAAAGUCCAGCUUUAUUCUUCUGACAAGCUCUUUGAGCAGCUGCGAGAUACAAAUUUUGCCAUUGUCGGAACCCUACUCAACAAGGUCGCUCGACGUCUGGCAAGCGAUUACGAGAGCAGACACAACACAAAAACCACAGCCGAGCUGAAGGCUUUUGUACAAAAACUGCCCGGUUAUCAAGCCGAGCAAGCGAGCCUACAUAUUCAUACCGGAUUGGCCGAAGCGAUCAUCAAGUACACGAGGACGGAUGAGUUUAGCAGCCUCUUGGAGGUGCAACAGAAUCUCGCUGCUGGUGCAGAUCCGUCGACUCAAUUUGAAGCGAUUGAGGAGUUGAUCGCUCGGGAUACGCCCUUGCCAGAGGUUCUUCGCCUGCUUUGCGUUUACUCAUGUAUCUCUGGCGGGAUUAAGACGAAGGAGUUUGACCACUUCCGGCGACUUGUCCUUGAAGGCUAUGGCUACCAGCACCUCCUCACGCUUCAGAAUCUGGAGAAGCUGCAGAUGUUUCUUUCACGAUCGUCGCCAUUAGCAUCGAUGAUUCCAAUGGCGGGCUCUGCCGGCACUACGGGCACCAAGACCAACUACACCUACCUGCGGAAGCAACUGCGACUGAUCGUGGACGAGGUGAACGAGCACGACCCGAACGACAUUGCCUACGUAUAUAGCGGAUACGCUCCCCUUUCUAUACGUCUCGUCCAGUGCAUCCUCCAGAAGCAAUACCUCCUGACAAUAACCAAAGGCAACGGUGUUACGGGGGGCACGCAGGGCUGGAGGGGGUUUGACGAAGCAGUCAAGCAUGCCCGAGGCCAAACAUUCGACGAGCUGCAGAAGGGUGAGGAUAAGGCCGUCAAGGCGCGGGCACUUUUGUCUGGCAAUGGCAACAAAAAGACCGUGUUUGUCGUUUUUGUUGGCGGCGUUACGUUCACGGAGAUUGCGGCUCUUCGCUUCAUUGCGAAGCAGGAGGAAGGUUGGUUCCCAAGCACGACUUUGUGA